AUGGGAUUGUUACCAUCAGAUCAAAUUUCCACUAAGGUGGUUCACGCCGGCGAGCACGUUGAUAUCCAUGGCUCAGUCAUAGAGCCUAUCUCUCUAUCUACAACCUUUAAGCAGGCUUCUCCUGCUGUUCCAGUCGGUGCAUAUGAGUACUCUAGAUCACAGAACCCUAAUAGAAAGAACUUGGAGGAUGCAAUUGCUGUAUUGGAGAACGCUAAGCACGGCUUAGCAUUUUCUUCUGGUUCUGCAACCACUGCUGUGAUCUUGCAGUCCCUACCUCAAGGAUCGCACGCCAUUUCAAUUGGUGAUGUAUACGGUGGCACUCAUAGGUACUUCAACAAUGUUGCCAACGCGCACGGUGUUGAGACGACCUUUACAAACAAUUUGGUUGAAGACCUUCCAACGCUCAUCAGAGAAAACACUAAGUUGGUGUGGAUCGAAUCCCCAACCAACCCUACUUUGAAGGUUACUGACAUCCAGUUAGUGUCUCAGAUCAUUAAAUCCUCUAAUAAAGAUAUUAUUUUAGUUGUUGAUAACACAUUCUUGUCGCCAUACCUAUCGAAUCCAUUAAACUUUGGCGCUGACAUUGUUAUCCACUCAGCGACUAAAUAUAUCAACGGCCAUUCCGAUGUUGUCUUGGGUGUUUUGGCAACCAACAGCCAAGUUCUAUAUGACAAGUUGCAGUAUCUGCAAAAUGCUAUUGGUGCAGUUCCAUCGCCUUUUGACGCGUGGUUGACCCACAGAGGGUUGAAGACCUUACAUUUGCGUGUCAGAACAGCAUCCAACUCUGCACAAGAAAUUGCUGAAUUCUUAGUUAAGUCAGACAAAGUAAUUAGUGUCAAUUAUCCUGGUUUAUCAUCUCAUCCCAACAAUGAUAUUGUUAAGAAACAGCACCGCGAUGGCUUAGGCGGUGGUAUGAUUUCCUUCCGCAUCAAAGGUGGUGCAGAUGGCGCUGCCAAAUUUUCUGCUUCCACUAGGUUAUUCACCUUGGCAGAAUCAUUGGGUGGAAUUGAAUCUUUACUUGAGGUUCCUGCCGUCAUGACACAUGGUGGUAUUCCAAAAGACCAAAGGGAAGCUUCCGGUGUCUAUGACGACUUAAUCAGAUUGUCUGUGGGUAUUGAAGACACUGGUGAUCUUUUAAAGGAUAUUGAACAAGCUUUGAAUGCAGCUGCUACCAAUUAG